UGCCUCUUCCUGAUGUAGCCGCCAUAUUGGUCGGCUUGAGGGUCAGAAAAUUGCAAACUCUUGUGUAGUUUGGAAGUUCUUUUAAAAACUUGUCAAAAUUCCGCUCUUUAGCCCCAAAAUGCCGUUGGCUCCGUUAGCGGAUCCCUGGAAGCGUAUGGAAGUGGCCCAAGACAAUGAGGCAGGAAGUACAGAAGAUAUGCUUGUGGAUGAUCAGAAUGACAACUGUGAAAUUGAAUUAGAGUUGACUACAGUGAAGAAAGAAGGUGUGAGAGCUGAACCUGUUGACUUUGAGCUGUUGAAGGUUUUGGGACAGGGUUCCUUUGGAAAGGUUUUCCUUGUGAGGAAGAUAACAGGAGAUGAUGCUGGGACUCUGUAUGCUAUGAAGGUCCUGAAGAAAGCCACACUUAAAGUCCGAGAUCGACAAAGGACAAAAAUGGAACGAGACAUCUUGGCAGAUGUAAAUCAUCCUUUCAUUGUUCACUUACACUAUGCAUUUCAAACAGAAGGCAAACUCUACUUGAUUUUGGAGUUUCUUCGUGGAGGGGACCUAUUCACACGUCUCUCUAAGGAGGUCAUGUUUACAGAGGAAGAUGUGAAAUUCUACUUAGCAGAGCUUGCUCUAGCCUUGGACCACCUCCAUGGAGUUGGAAUAAUAUACAGGGACCUCAAACCAGAAAACAUACUAUUGGACAGUGAAGGCCAUAUAAAACUAACAGACUUUGGCCUUAGCAAAGAAUCAAUUUUUGAUGAGAAGAAGACCUACUCUUUCUGCGGGACAGUGGAGUACAUGGCACCAGAGGUGGUCAACCGGAAGGGCCACGGCACUGCGGCUGACUGGUGGUCGUAUGGAGUCCUCAUGUUUGAAAUGCUGACAGGGGCUUUGCCUUUCCAAGGUGCAAACAGAAAAGAAACGAUGACACAAAUUCUCAAGGCAAAACUUGGCAUGCCACAGUUUCUUAGUCCAGAAGCUCAGAGUUUAUUACGGGCAUUGUUUAAAAGAAAUCCUGUCAACAGACUGGGGUCAUUGCCAAAUGGGAUAGAAGAUAUCAAGAAACAUCCAUUUUUCAGCACUAUUGACUGGGAAAACCUUUACAAACGUGCAGUCAUGCCCCCAUUUAAACCUGCUGUGGUGCAAACCGACGAAGUCUUCUACUUCGACCAAGAAUUCACAAACAGAACACCAAAAGAUUCCCCUGGCAUUCCCCCCAGUGCUACUGCUCAUGAACUGUUCCGUGGAUUUAGUUUUGUAGCCCCUGCUUUACUCGAUGAGAACAUCAAACCAAACAAUCCUCUAGAUAAUCAGAAAAAUUUAGCAAAGUUACCGGGUGUGAAGAGCUGCAAGUUUUCAGAUGAAUAUGAACUGAAAGAAGAUAUUGGCAUUGGCUCUUAUUCAGUGUGUAAACGAUGUGUGCAUAAAAUGACUGGGAACAGCUACGCAGUCAAAAUCAUGGACAAGGAGAAGAGGGAUCCUUCAGAAGAAGUAGAGAUUCUGCUGCGGUUUGGGCACCAUGCUAAUAUCAUAACACUACGAGAUGUUUUCGACAAUGGUACCAAGGUGUACAUGGUGACAGAGCUAAUGAGAGGAGGUGAACUACUUGACAAGAUUCUACGUCAGAAAUUCUUCUCUGAACGCGAAGCCAGUGCUGUGUUACAGAUUGUUGCAAAAACUGUGGAAUAUCUUCACAAGAAUGGAGUUGUCCAUCGAGAUUUGAAGCCUUCCAACAUUUUGUAUGCUGAUGAUACCGGAUCUCCAGAGAGCCUGAGGAUAUGUGACUUUGGCUUUGCAAAACAGUUGCGUGCUGAAAAUGGAUUGCUCAUGACACCAUGCUACACUGCCAACUUUGUGGCACCAGAGGUUUUGAAGCGACAAGGCUAUGAUGCUGCAUGUGAUAUCUGGAGUCUUGGUGUCCUGCUGUACACCAUGCUGGCAGGACACACGCCAUUUGCCAAUGGCCCAAACGACACACCAAAUGACAUUUUAGCACGGAUAGGAGAAGGAAAGUUCACAUUAUCAGGUGGAAACUGGGAUUCUGUGUCAGCUCCUGCUAAGGAUCUGGUUCAACGCAUGCUGCACAUCGACCCUCAUCGACGACUCACUGCCACACAGGUGCUCAACAACCUUUGGAUAGCACAACGAGACAGCUUACCGAACUUCAGACUCACAAUUCAAGAUGCACAGUUGAAGGGAGCAGUGGCAGCCACAUUCAAAGCAUUGAGCAAUGCCCCGAAACCUGUGCUAGAACCAGUUGGUGCCUCCCGCUUGGCUCAGCGUAGGGGAAAGAACAAACCUAAGAGUUCAACGGCGGUAUAACCUCCAUAACCCCACACCAUGGAGCACAUUCAUCAGUAUAAGUCACUAUACAACGUAGUCAGGUGGAGAAUGGGCAGGCCAGCCAACCAACUGGAGCAGGCAGUGGGCAGUAGGCGUAGAAUUACAUUGGUCCGAUACAGUUGAACAGCUACUUGACUUGAGUUACACAGGCUGUUGUUUGACACGCAGACAUAGCCCUGCCCACUUGGCUGCCUGUAUAAGGUCACAGUUCUCUCCCUUGACAAAUUCUUCCAUUCAGACUUCUUUACAGAACUAAUAUAUAUAUGAGUGCUUUGAAGUAUUUAUUUUCAGAUGUUGUUAGAUGAUGUAUUCCUGAGAACUAACUGAAUGAAGCCAGUAUCUCCAUAAUGGGAGAAGUUAUUUUCUCCGAUGUGUGCUAAUGCCAUUUGACCCUAUCCAUGUUAGAUGUGUUCUGAGCUAUGUAGGAGUUUUGUGAGAGACAGGAUCCAGUUGACCUGUCAUUGCAUCAUCCGUGAGAACCCGAAACUGUGAUGAAGAACUCUGCUGAGUAGAGUAGAGAUUCGUGUCUGAACUGACCAAGUUUGUCAUCUCACCAAUCAUCGGAGGAAUCACCAUAGUAACAAUAUCUACUAAUACAAUGACAAAUUGGUGUGAUACAAGUUAGCAUUCUAGAGGACUUGGUUCUACAGAUGAUAUAGUGGGUGGCGUCUUGAGAAUGUGUUUUUAGAAUUGGGCAUCUGUGAGACAGCGCUCGGUUUCACAGAGAAGCUAGUGGGUGUGGAAUUUGGCUUCUGGGAGAAAUAGCUCCUUUUCACAGAUGAACUUGAGUAUGGCUUGAGAAUGUGGUUCUAACAUGCGGCUUCUCCUGUGAGACUGGGCUCUGUUCCACAGAUGAGCUAGUGGGUUGCAUCUUGAGAAUGUGGUUGUAGACUUGGACUUCUGUGAGACUGAGCUCUGUUCCACAGAUGAGCUGGUGGGUUAGAAUUGGGCUUCUGUGAGACUGAGCUCUGUUCCACUGAUGAGCCGGUGGGUUAGAAUUGGGCUUCUGUGAGACUGAGCUUUGUUCCACAGAUGAGCUGGUGGGUAUAGAAUUGGGCUUCUGUGAGGCUGAGCUCUGUUACACAGAUGACUUAAUGGGUGGGGCAUAUGUCUGUCAGCAGUGCUCCAGUCAACAUGGAUAACAGUAUAUCAGGUCAACGUUAAGACCUUGUGUUUGAUGAAAGGUGGUGAAAUGUAGUAAAUUUUACAUAUCAGACUUAUCAUUUUGUUGACAAUGUAACCAUGGUAACCCAUGUACAUCACAUCGGAUGUGUUAUACGGCUGAAUAAAAAUUAUUGGUUCUCAGGCACUCUCCCAUCCUUAAAACAUCUAAGCAUUUGCAUUUAUUUCUAUUUCUUUGUAAAUACCAAGGGUAACACCCCUAUAAGAACAGAUUGAUGGUCAGCACCAGUUAUUAGCUCUCAUCAUGUGAGGUCCUGAUGCUCAGUGUUCGUGGCAUUUCUUCAUGGGGCAUCACCACCAUCCUCUGUAAAUAUAAUUCCAUGUCGCCAGUUCACUGAUGAUUGUCAACUUCAUGUCAAUGAAAUUUGUUCAUAUGAUUAUGGUGCACUUUCUGCGGCCAGAAAUGCCAGUGCCAAUGCCAGUCAUAGAAAACAACUGUGAAAAUAAGAACUUUCAUUAUUUUUAUUAAUUAAUGACUGUCCAAUACAUGUCUGACUUAGACAUUAUUUGUUUGACAUUUAUGAGCUGUUGAUAAUGAAUACAAUGUAUCUGAUUGAGCUACACUGUUGCCCCACUCUUUUUUUAGAAUGACUGCUGGAGAACCAAUUAUUUUCAUUUUUUAAGCCUAAUUUGAUGUAGAAUUGCAUGAACCGUAAGACCUCUUAGGACCAGGUUUGUGUCAAUAUCAUCCACUGCCAAAUGGCAGCCAUUUUUCUUCAAACUGUGAUGAAAAUACUAAUCAAACUGACAUGCCCACACAAAUGCAUAAUCCAUUUAUAUAACAAGGACACCAGCCAGAUGAAACAUGCACUAAAAUAUUUUGCCGAUGGUGAACUUUUGUUUUGUUUUUGCGUAGACAUGACUACAGUCAUUAUUAUCGAUACUUUACAAUAGCCCCUUGCUUCACAUUUCCAUGAAGUGUUUGUCAUUAUCAGACUUGUACAUAGGCUGUACAUUAAUAAGCAUAUGUUGUUAACAAAACUAUGUAACCAUCUGCAUAUAUGAAUAAAAUCAAAUAAUUUCUUAUUUACCAUAUACUUCCUAUAACUUUAUGUUAUAUCUGGUCAUAUACCUGUAGUUGUUAGAGCAGGUCACGACACUCUAGAUUGUUCAUUGGUUACGACGUUGCUGAACUGAAAGUACUGUUAAGUGUGGUGUAGACGUGAAGAUACGUAUCGUUCAAGGGUUACAUGCAACAAAGUCAUUCCCAUAAGACCAUAAGGUAUUUCAUUAUUGCCUCCAUUUUGCUGUUUUGUCAAACCACCAUGUUCUUGAGACUAAGAAUACUGUAUUUGAAUGUUUAUGAUAUUAAGUCAUGUGCUUGUCUGUAGGUGCUCAUUGUAGUUGUUAGACUUUUUACAAUUAAAGACAACAUGGAAGAGAGUUUUCAAUAUGUACCAAGCAGAAUACUUUUACAAACAAGCAGGAUUGUUACACUAAUAAUACUGCCAUGGAUUCAAUUUCCCAUCCUUUAUGCCAUCUAUAGUUGAGCCAUGUAGACCACAGAGGACGUUUUGGGACAAUGUAGCCAGAUGUAAUCAUUCAGCUAGAUUUACAUUUCUGAGAUUGCUUUCACAUAUCAAAUGUGGAAUGCUGCAUAAAAGCUGGAUUGUGGGGUUCGAUUCUCUACAUGGGUAUGUUGUGGGAAGCAUUUCUGGUGCUCCCUGCCACCUUAUUGUGAUCAUUGGGGCGGCGCUGGGGUAGCCUAGUGGUUCGCUCGGCAAGCCAAAGGUCUGGGUUCGAUUCCCCACAUGGGUACAACGUGUGAUGCCGAUUUCUGGUGUCCCCCCGCAGUGAUAUUGCUGGAAUAUUGCUAAAAGCAGCGUAAAACCGUAUUCAGUCAGUCAGUAUUGUGAUCAUUAUGCUUAAUAUGGUGUAAAACAAGACUCACUGGGUUUUGGAAAUCACGUCAAGCAGCAUAGUCCCAGCCAAAGUUUGUAAGGCGUAUCCCUGGUAACUAAUGUUUAGUAACUGUGAGCAUUAUUACAAGUAAGUUACCUUAAACUGAUAUUGCUCUGCUUCAUGUUUACUUUCCUCUUCAGUCCCUGUGACUGGAUCCAUGAAUCUUUAAUGAGAAAUCAGUAAACAUGUUGAGAGAUUUUAGAUGAACUUCAAUAUGGCAGGAAUUGUGAUGACAUAAAUUUGGGCUAAUCUACUGCCUUCAUUGGAACAGUUCAUCUGAGCUUUGAGAUUAAUCCAAACUUUGACAACUUGCAAAUUGGGACAACUGCUGUCAUCGAAAGUGCAUUUCAGCCAUAGCUACGUCAUAUUGUUAUUUGUUCUUUUGACAGGUGUGUUGAUGUUGCCACCUAGACCAUUCCUCUUUGAGAACCUUUUUCUAAAUUUAUAAGAAAGAGUUUUGCUCGUUAUCUCUCCUCUUUGAAAACGCAUUGUGUGUGUUGUGUAAGACACUUGGUUUGGAAGUAGUACCAUGUAGUUUGUGACUUGCAAACUAUUGUCACCAAGAAAAACCUGAAUACUUGACCACAAUCACAGACCAACAUUUUUUAAUUUUUUUGUCUUGAAAAUUUGUAUGUUAGUCGAGCUAUUUUAUUGAACAUAUCUGCAAUUAGCAUUGAGCUUUCAACAUUUGAAAUUUUGUCCCUUAUGAAUGCAAUUAAAAUUGUGAAUAGCUGUCUUUACUAGAAUCUAGAAUUGUUUUUCUUCAGAGUUAAUGUGAAGUAGGUUCUUGUGUGAAUUACAACCACUGAUAAUAAGAGAGAUCAGAGAGAGUGUGUGGGAAGACCAAUUCUCUGUGUAUAUGCCCCAGAACCAAAAUGCCAUGGACUGUUCCAUACACAGUGGCUAGUUUGUCUGACGUAGACUUACUUUCAUACAGGCAAUUUUUGGGCCAAUUUGUUUUUAUUUAUUGAUCAAAGAUGCUUCUGCAGUUUUCACUCUCUGUGCAUGAAAUACUGGCUUUCUCUGAAGAUUUAGAGAGUUAUUUCCACAAAGUCUUUUGUACAAAGAACAAGGGACACAACUCCUGAUUCUAUUUUUCACUGCAUCAACUGGGAUUGAUAUAUUUGGCCAAACUGAAUGUGAAAUUGUGUAUUGUAUUCAUGAUGUCUAUGAUAUUAUUAAACAACUGAUCACAAAACAUUUGUGUCUUGUCGGAAGAGAAGUACGAGAGAACUCAGAUCCCCUUUUGAUUAAAAAUUGGGUCAACAGACUGAUGCUCCAACAAAUAAAAACAAUUGCCUUACAUAACGUUAUUACAUCUGACUUGUUAUGCGCCGUUCACUCACAGCUCUCUUCAGAUUUCUCUUUUCUCGAAAAUACGCCAGGUUGUAAAGCUGAGUUCAUGGCUUUGUUAUGAAGUUUAAUCUGUUGCUAUGUCUUUAAUAACAAUCGCCAAACAGUAUGUGAGGCUUUGUGAUGUAAAUCAAAUACAGAUGUCAUAUGGCCUCUGCGAAGGAAAUGCGAACUGUCUACCAUUAUAAUAGUGCUUUAUCUACCCAUAAUUGUGUUUACUUAAUGUAUAUACAUUAUUGAUAAUUACUCAGAUUUUUUAAAACCGUUAUCAGUGUGAUAAGGAUUAUUGUCUUAGAAGACAAAAAUUAUUGUUAUCCUGUUUUCUUUGUGUUUUGUGUUAAUGUUGUUUUUGUGUUAAUGCCCCAUUCUGUUACAUGUAUAUGAAUAUUUAGUUCUGCCUUGGAUACGCUGUGUUAGUUUAAGGAUGCUGAAACUACUUGGCAGGCGGGUGAUGUAGUUGUAUUGAAUAAUAAUGAUGAUGAUAAAACAAAAUGCUUCCUCCGUUACACACAGAUAAAACAAGUUAGGAGAUCUGAUAAUCCGAAAUGGCAAAGUGCUGGCUUAGCAGUGCUAUGCUGUUUGGUAUGUGGCUUUUGUUUUGUUGUGAUUUUGUUUCAUGAAAGAAACAGGGUAUUUAUCCACAAUUGGCCGAAAAGUCUGUCCUCAAGCCUUAUUGGAAGAGAUUUUAAUCAAUGUUGACAGUAUUAUAAGUUUUUGCUUAGCUUUAAGGUUGAUGUAACAUAUAAAAUGGCUUAUAGUUAAUCAUGAAUUUCUACUUUAAAUUACAGAAGCUUAAUGUGCCCUACAUGUAUAUGCACUUUUUUUCUUUCUAUUUAACAUGGAAAUGUCUCUGCUGUUCUGCCUAUGUUCCUUACAGUAUUUGGGUUGCAUGGGUGGUGCUGUCAUCUGAGUUCCUCCAAUUGCUGUGCAGUGUUGUCGUGGGUUUCAAUCCUGGUUCACCCCUAUUCUGUGUUUUUCAGUCUCAUGCUUGUGGAUAUCUUCAAAGUGGUUAAAGUGUGAGACCUGGAUGUCAUCAGGCUUUUGUCUGACAUUAAGCUGACAUGAUGUUAUUAGAUUGAAAUACUGUUCAAAACCGAGUUUAAUACAAACUCACAACGUGUAUAAUCAUGGCAGAACCAUCUGUUACCAUUGUUUACAAAUGCUCUGUUUGAUCUGAGUGGCCUGUUUAUUUGGCAUGUGUUUAUGUAUGUUGUACUAUUCACGUUGCAUCCACCCACUGAUUGUAAGGUUUAACCAGCUGAUCUCAUUUCUUGUGUGUCUAUCUUCUCUUGCCUCUGGUGCAAUGCUGUUCAAGUUUCAACGGAAGUUGUUGAUCAUCAUUGUCCUCCCACUCCGCUCAAGGACUUGAGAUAUGCUGGCAUUGGAUAACAUUUUUUCUUUAUGAUUUCACCAUCCAUUUUACUUUAACAUUAUUGAUAAUUUUAUUUCGGAGACUGGGGAAAAAAUAACCCAAAAGAAAAAACAUAAACUUUCAAACUGUAACGGUGGCAAUGAAGUGGUUUUUUUUCCUCAUUUACUCAUAAAGUUCUUUAACAGUUUCAAACAAUUUGAUUUAUUUUAGUAGGUGAUAAAUGAGAUCUAUUAUAGGAAGGCGGUUUCAAUAUCACAAUUUUUUUAUACUGACAUUAUCUUAUACUUGUUUAAAGCAACAUCCUAACCGUCUACUAAAACUUGACAGAGACUUGUUGUUUCAAGUCUUCCAAUCUUGUAGGUCGUUUCAGUUGUGCUCAUAAUGGCAUGUGCAGUGUGUUGCAUAAUCCUGUACUGGCAAAAGUUACACCAGAGUACGGAGAGUUGGCUUGGUAACCAUUAACCUGUUUCGUACAUUUCCAAUGAAUUAAGGCUGUCCAGUGACUAUUUGUUAGUAUUUAUGAUAAUUGUUUUUUCAAGUGUCUUUUGUGAAGAGCACGAAAAGUAACAUGGAUGUCAAGAUGAAUGGUUGUAAGUAUUUUGCUUGCAGUCCAUCUCUAUUUCAUCCAGGGUACUGUGUCCUAUUUCCAUCUUAAUAAAUACCCUGGACCUAUAUGCUACCUUUUGGACUUCAUCACCAUUUUCUCUCAGCACAGAGUUUUUCUCGCUUGUGAGAGUCAUUGAAGUGUCAGCUGUUAUGUACCUUUCACUAUUUGAAUCCAGCUCAUAACUAUUCUAUAAUAGCAUAUGGGUAUACAAUAUUCAUUAUGGAGAUACAGUACCCUUGAUAAUUGAGGAGGUCUGCAACCCAGUGGUGAGGUAAUCUGUGUGUGUGUGUGUGGUUGUCAUUCUCCAAGAGGAUAUACUGAUUACCAGUAACAAUGUUGAUUGUCUUAAUUGAUAGUGUUUAGCAAAAUGGUAUCAGCUUGGUAACUGUUGUUAUCCAGAAGAAACAGGGUGCACUUCAUAUUCACCUUUUUGUUCUACGUUGGACCUUCCAGAAAUUGAUUUGGAAGUAUUGUGAAAAGGCUGAAAGGCACAUAUUUUUCUUUUCUUCCUGAAACAUUUCACCCGUCGUUGUCAGCCCGGACAUAAUCUCAGUGGUAGGAGACAGUGAUGAGUGUGUUGAAAUCUUUGAUUUCAUGCUCAAAGACAUUUGUCAAUGAUUUUGUUGAGUUUUAUAAAAAAUUGUUUUGAUGUGCGUUUGAUUGGAUCCAAAUUUUAAAAAUAUUUUUCAAAUGUUUCACACUAAUGAACAUGGCUAUAAGUUGAGGAUUGUACAGAUGGACCAAGCACAUUAUCAAACCUGUCUUCUAGAUGUACAUUGUUUGGUUGGUUUAUUGUCAUCGCUUAAUUUUGUACAGGGAUUACAGGCCACAUUCAAGAUAUAUGUUUGCAUGCCUGGACCAUUAGGAUGACAAACAAUAGAACUCAAACUCAUUUUUUCUUCCCAGGAUAUUGUUGUCACUGGGACUUGCACAUCAUAUAUGCACAAGGGAUACACUAACUGAAGGGCAUUCUACAUGGGAAUGUGAUCUUGCUGAAAAGAAAUACUGAAAUAUUUUACUUGCCAGAUUUUGUGUCCAACAUUAUUUAAAUGGAAGAUACUACUGAGCAUUUACUGUUACUAUAUCUUAACACAUGACAAUAGGUAUAUCCAUAUUAGACAAAUGAACAUGUUCUUGGUACUCAGGCAAUUAGUUUGGCAUCAGUAAUAACCACCCUACAUCAGAGUUAUUGCUGUUUUGAGAAUACGUAUAAGGUUUUCUGCAGCAUACAUUUGUACAAUGUUGGAAAGGCAGCCAUAUCGGUUGAGAAGCAGUUAUGGGCUAAAGUUUCUUCAUAUUGCUGGCUUUUGUCUUUUUUUCUGAAUUAAUGUCUUUUUAGGGACCAUAAUUACUUGGUACAAUUAUUAAAAUAUUUAAGUUUACACUUGUUUUAUUUGUGUUGAGUUUCUGUUUCCUUGCUUUAGGGUCAAGCAUACAAGUGCCAUGGUAGUAUUCCGAACCAUGGUUACCCUGUCAUAGUUGGUCACAAGGACUCUUACAUCAGGGCCAUUACAACCCCAUCUUCAAUGUAUGUAAGGUUUGUCUUGCAUCUGUUUUAUCUGACUUAAGGUCAGGUAUGCUGUCAGUAUUGUCAUAGAACAUUUUGCACAUUUUGCAAGCCCUGUGGCCUUUUUUCAGCUAUGUAGCAGUUCUGUGUUGAGUGACCAAGUGGUUGUGGACAGCUUCUGAGAAUGGUGUACACCAACUGAAUAUGCAAAUCUGUGGCUGGACCACAGGGGAAUUUGAUGUAGUUGUAUGGUGUUUGUUGUGACUCUAGGGCUUAACAUAUUGAACUUCCUCCUCCAUUGUUCAGAUUGACUAAGGAUAGUUGUCACGAUUAUGCAGAAUGUUAAAUAUCCACACAAAUGUUUUGACUUCUAAAGUUAUUUUGCUCUGAUACCAUCCAGACGUCUAUAUGCAAAUUUCAUAAGGUUGACAUUUUCAAGAUUUCUGAAAUGCCUGAAAUUUAGUCUAUGUUGCACAAAAGAAACUGAAUUUGUAGACAUAAGUGACUGUUUCGCUGCAUAGAUUGGCAUGCUCUUGGACUCCAUGGAACCAGUGUUCAGACAUAUAAGGUCACAUUGAAUACAUAAAUUAGCGUUUCUGUAGGACUGAUUUCAACAUUACAAAUAUGAUUCUGUGGUUUAAAAUAUUGCAUAUAAACACAUGGCCACUUAGAUACACUAUUCUGUGUACAAAAUAGUGUUUCAGUUUAACUAGGUGUCUGAUAGUUUCAUAGAAUAUUAUCAACCCUGAUUAGGUUGGUAUUGAAUUAUUGUUUCAUCUUUAGGUAUGAUGUGUCAGAUUGCAUCUAAAUACCUUUACAUAUGUAUAAAUUAUUUUCGAAGCAUAAGGCAACAUUACCUUUGAUAACUGCUCUUACCUCUAUAUGCAAAUAUGUAUUGAUUUGUGCCAGAUAUGUACAUACAUAUGAUCCUGCAUAAUCUCUUCUGUGUAUUUCCCUUCAGAUUUGCACAGAGCCUCUAUCUGGGAGAUGUUUAAGUUGGUGCUGCUUAAACACUUUUUGUUGCGUUAGGCGGAAGAAAACUACAGUUAUGCAUAGAGUGUUUUGCUCAAAGCCAUUAUUCCUAUUGUUCCAAAGAUAAGUCUCCAAGAUUUUGGGAUAUGAGGAUAUUUUAUGGGAAAAUAACCUUUUACCUCAAAAAUGAGAUUGUUUUAGCUACCUAUACAAGAUGUACAGGUGACUGAAUUUAUUUGGUUUUCAGAUUUGAUGACAUACCAAAACACCAUGGAUCGUUGUUCAUGAUAUCAAUCACUGGAUUUGUCUUGUCCAGAUAUCGUAAUUUAAAGAUGCUGUCCAAUAGCUGCAAUAGUGCUGAGUGCAGCAUUGAAAACAAUUCUUUCCAGUUGACAUUGUCAAGACAGCGCCCUUUGUCAGACUCAGAUUUAUUUUUCCCAGAUUUAUGCCUGUAGCGCCAAUGUAAACAUCACUCAGCGUGUGGUGUGCCUUUUGAUCCCACCUUUGGUUGACAAUUAGCUUCUCUACAUAGUGCUUCAUUCCUAGUGCUCAACACAGUGUAAGCCAUGUUUCUUGAAGAAUGACUAGAUUGGUGCUUCUCCCCUUCUUAGGACUGUAUGGUUUCCAUUAAAAAAAGUGUCUGAUACAUCUUCAUGUAUUAAAGACAAGAAAUAAAUAUUCUUGUAUAUUUAA